AUGCAUACAUCCAGUGUUGGCAGUAGCAGCAGCCGACCGUCCAGCGUUGCAAGCAACUCCUCAGGUCACAGCAGUCAAGGUUAUGCACAGGGCCAAUUGGCUGCUCAGCCCAGCCUGUUGUCCCCUACGCUAGCAUCCGCUUUAGGUAUCAACGUUGCGGGCUCAUCCAAGAGUGGUCGACCAGGCAGUGCUGGCGGGGCGUCAAAGUCGCGGAAUGGGGUUGCGCGACCAUCCCUGACGGCCGAUGGUUGGUCUCGGCGUCCCAGCUUGCCCAACGUGCCCAGCAUGAUCAACCGCGUGAGCAUGAUCAGCAUCGCCUCUUUCGAGAGCCUACCCGAAGGCGAGCCCGUCAAUUUCGCGGCGUCACCAUUGAGCGUUACAUCAGCAAGCGAUGCUCCUCACGAAGAUCUCUCCGCAUCGACUAGCACAGCGACCGAUUCUCCAACGCUCAGCCAAGGAGACUCGUGGCAGUCACCUACAUCACCUACAGAUGAGGCGUCUGUGGGCUCGAUUUCAAUGAACAGGUCCUCUAGCACAGCCAGUCGACCGGGCCAUGCGCUACAACGAAGCGCCACGGAUCCUACUCACUCGAUGAUUGCUUUUGAGGGAAUGAUGCGGAGGCGACACGCCAUUGCCAUGGAAUUGUUGGAGACCGAAAGGGUCUUCAUAGCGAGUUUGAAACUGGUCAACGAGUCCUACUAUCAGCCUCUUAUGGCUUUAAGCAAGGGUCUGGCUGCGCCAGCUGGAGUCACGAGUGCAGCACCAGUGCUUUCGCGUCAAGCGUUGAACGAGAUCUUCUCCAACUUUAGCGACAUUCUCAGUCUCAAUUCUGAGCUCUUCUCUAGGCUCGAUGACCGCCUCUCAGGUAGAGCGAGGCAGCCGCCUCCGUCUCGCCCAGCUUCAGUCGCAGGCCCGACGAGCCCCCGAGAUGCUGCUCCAAGCUCAGCGGAAGCUGGCUCGACAAAUGCGGGACGAGUAGACCCGUGGCAUGCAGAAACGGACACAAUCGGCGAUACUCUGGUGCCUGUCGUGCCAUAUUUGAAAAUGUACUCCUUGUACGUCAAGAAUUUCAGUGCGGCCAUGGCACGGAUAGAGACGGAACGUAAAGCAAACGACGCUUUCAAUCGUUUCUUGAAGGACACGGAAAGAGCUACAUGGGGCAAGGCGAGCGCAAGCGGCGGAUUUGGCUUCGGUCUUGGAUUUCAGGCGCAUCUCUUGACGAUUGUGCAGCGCAUCCCUCGGUACAAAAUGAUGGUGGGCGAUCUGGUCAAGUAUACUCCAAGCAAUCAUCGAGAUUACCCAGAUCUCUUGAAGGCUUUUGGAGUCAUCGACCAGGUGGCUGCCUACAUCAACGAGAAUGUCAGACAGCACGAGAUGAUUCUAGUCAUGCUUGGCUUGCAACGCAGCCUGACUGGUCUGACCGAGCCCUUGAUUGUUCCUGGGCGAGCUUUGCUCAAACGGGGCACGCUGCUCAAGGCUUGCAGAAAGAACAUCCAGCCGAGGGAAUUCUUUCUGUUUACGGACUGUUUGGUGUAUGCCAGUCCUGUUGGCGGGGGUCUAGAGAGUGCAUCCGCAGCCUGGACUGCUCUCGCCAGGGGCGGAGGACUGGGAGUGUAUGGAGGCAGCGCGCAAGACACGGGGCCUCCUUCAGCACCGAACAGUCCGCGCACCAUAGUCGACAAAUUGCCGCUCGCGCCGAUCUCUGCAGACGCCAUCGACACCGCAUCACGCUCGCGCACGUCAUCAGCCGACGCUGUACUGGCCAAUGGUCGACCUUUAUCAGUCAGCCUCCAGGGGUUUCAGCUGCAAUUCCGGGCCAAAUUCCCUUUGCAAGACUGCACGGUGGUGGGCGUGGAGAAGGCCACCUCGCCUUUGCAUCAAGGUCUGCGUCAUUCCAUCGAAAUUCGCACGCCUGACAAAAGCUUUGCAGUGUACGCGGAGAGUGCAGAGGCGAAGGAGACCUGGUUAUCGACUAUACGCGACGCUCGCGAUGACCUCAUGACGGCCAGGCGCACUUUGCAAGCGGAGGAAGACACCUCGGAGGUACUGCGGGAGAGAAGGCGCAGCCUGUACGGCAGAGCGGGCCCCAGCUAUUGUACCCCUCAACAGGCCAGAAGAAUAUCAGCUCCCAGCACUGGCUGGUCGUUCACAGGCAACACUUCAGCAGAUACCUCUGGGCGACCAACAAGUCCACUCGCUUCCUCCGCAUCGGUAUCAGCUGACUGGCAUGGCGCAUUUGGCCCAAAGUCGGAAAGCGGCAACUCUCUUGCGACCCUGCUUUCGAGCGGAUGUCCUUCAAGCGAUGCUGGUAUAACGGCCAGAUCUAGGACUGGUCUCCGAGUUCUCGAGGACUACAAUGCUCCGGUCUGGGUACCAGACUCGAGCGCUGACAAGUGCAUCGUUUGUGCAGAGGCCUUUGGGAUGUGGCGACGCAAGCACCAUUGUCGUCUGUGCGGGCAAGUUGUGUGCUGGGCCUGCAGUCAGCGCUCCUUCCUGAUCGCUCGAUACGAGGACGAUGGAGGUGAGGCGGAAAAGCCUGCGCGUGCUUGUGACGCUUGCUACGACUCGGUAUUCCCUGCCGAAGAAGAGCACAGCUCUCCACAAAUGGGCACAGCUGCGGUGGUGCUACCUGAGCCAAGUCCGGCUGCUCAGUCUGACACAAGCAGGUCGACCGAUUUCUCAACCUCCGACUCUGCGACUUCUGAUUACCCCGCAACGCCUGCUGAACGUGGCCCCUUGAACAGUGUGGAUUCCGGCCAAAUCUCUCACAUUGCCAUACACGUGCAAGACGAGAAUGAGGUAGCGGCGGAGGCUGGAAAUGAGGGCAGCAAGCCCUCUCGAUCGGCAGCAUCUCGGCAACAGAAGAUCUGGGGCGCGCAGGGGCGGCCGUCGACGCCAUCAUGGUCUCAAGUCCAAAAACCAGAGGAUGCUGGUCACCUCACUUCACAUCAGGAUCGCUCUGACGAGCCGAGGCGAGCUACCCCACCGAGCCGUCGAGGACCCGCUUUGCAGCUUCAGCGCGCUUCUGGGGCUGGUCCUCAACUCUUCAAAGGCGGCUUGACACCGCAAGUACAAGCUGCUACUUCUGGUUCUGGAACGUUUCGACUUGUCACGCCACGUCUGACGACACCAGAAGCUGAGAUGCUCCCUAGAUCUAGGCACGGUGCACAAGGCGAGGGUGAUGGAAAUAUUCGCAUUGGGGAUGGGGGCUCCUACUUUGCUGGCGCGGUCUCUGAAGAUCACCUGGGCGACAUGCCUCCUCCCAUUCCAAGAGCUCGCAAGAAGCCGCUCAGUGCGGCUGCUCGACUUAGCACCUUCUAUGGCGUCAGUCCAGCAAGUAUGCCGAGUAUUGCGAAAAAGUCUCCGCUCGAGUCGCCUGCCCCGCCAUGA